AUUCCCGGCUCAGUAAUAUUCUCAUAGCGGGGCUUUGCAUAUCUCCUGCCGUAUCUGUGCGUGUCUGUCACUGUUACUGUAGUCCCAGCCUAUAGUUUGGAAUAGAUAUGGAAGGAGACGGGAGUCAAGCCACAUCCGGAAGCCUAAAUGAUUCACAACAUGACCCGGGUAAAAUGUUUAUCGGUGGCCUCAGCUGGCAAACCUCACCAGACAGCCUUAGAGACUAUUUUAGUAAAUUCGGAGAAAUAAGAGAAUGUAUGGUGAUGAGAGACCCCACGACAAAGCGCUCAAGAGGAUUUGGGUUCGUUACGUUUACAGAUGCUGCCAGUGUAGAUAAAGUCUUAGCUCAACAACACCACGAAUUAGACUCAAAGACGAUUGAUCCUAAGGUUGCCUUUCCCCGUCGCGCCCAGCCUAAGAUGGUCACAAGAACAAAGAAAAUAUUUGUGGGUGGCUUGUCAGCCAAUACAGUAGUGGAAGAUGUGAAGCAGUAUUUUGAACAGUUUGGGAAGGUUGAUGAUGCCAUGCUUAUGUUUGAUAAGACUACUAACAGACAUAGAGGAUUUGGUUUCAUAACAUUUGACAGUGAAGACAUCGUAGAGAAAGUCUGUGAAAUUCAUUUUCAUGAAAUCAAUAACAAAAUGGUAGAAUGUAAGAAGGCCCAGCCCAAGGAGGUGAUGUUCCCACCAGGUACGCGAGGGCGAGCCAGGGGUCUGCCCUACACCAUGGAUGCCUUCAUGCUGGGGAUGGGCAUGCUAAGUUACCCUAAUAUUGUGGCAACGUAUGGCCGCGGAUACACUGGAUUCGCACCCAGCUACAGCUACCAGUUCCCUGGCUUCCCAGCGACAGCAUAUGGACCGGUGGCGGCAGCGGCAGUAGCAGCAGCGCGUGGCUCAGGCCUCCCCGAUUAUGGGUUUUACUCUGCGCCCAGUGACCAGAGGGGGGGGCCCUGCUCCUUUGCUGACUAUGGCUCCCUGGGGCCCCAAGCGGCUCAGAUGCUGCACAGUGAGCAUGCCACCUCCGCCUGCAACUCCCCCCUACAGCACCUACACAGCCCGGAUCAAUUUAAGAACCCAGGCACCAACCCGUCGAGGCCCGGCGGCUUCCCCGGUGCUAACAGUCCAGGGCCCGUGGCUGACCUGUAUGGACCUAGCAGCCAGGAUUCAGCUGUGGGCAACUACAUCAGUGCUGCUAGCCCUCAGCCUGGCUCUGGGUUUGGCCCCAGCAUCACAGGCCCGUUGAUUGCGACAGCUUUUACAAAUGGAUACCAUUGAACAGGUGGCCGGUUGCCAUCUCAUCAGAGAGUAUAUCUGGUGGCCCAGGAAAGACAGGACGAAGUUUCUAAUUGGCUUUGUGUGCAGGUGAUGCUAAUCCAACUUCAAGCACUACAGCGUCACCCUGGCAAAAUGAAUGAAAGUUGGAACCAUAUGAAGAAGAAAAGAAAAUGUUUAUCAUCUCAGAAAAAUAACAACUGCUGUACUAUAAUCCAAACCUCCUAUAACUUUACAACCUGGUUUGGUAUGAUGUUUCACGUCGAGUUCAUUCACCUUAUUUUUCUUCCUCUGUUAGCUUUUCUUUUGAUUAGUUUGGAGAAAGUCGUUUUAGUUGAACCUUUAAUUUUGUGUCGUUUUAUUUUAUCUUCUGGUAUUGUUGUGUAAGUGGGUUUUUGUUUGAAGUACGGCGGUCAUAGCCAAGAAUAUCUUCAAAGUCACGUCUUCAUCUUUGUAUGGGUUAGUCUAAAGGAAAAAAGCUCGGGAGGUUCCGUUCAGUCUUUCUGCAAAAAAGAAAAAAAAAAAAAAGGUCAGUGUGGAAAGACUUG